AUGUCCGACGAAGUGGGUUCGAUGACCGUUAACGGCAACUUCCUGAAGGACUUUAUCAUCGCCAUCGCAGUCGCAGCCGUUUCAAGUGUUGUACUUUUGACGAUUAUCUGCCUUCUCGCACAAUGUGGACCGCGAAUGUUCACUAAAGUCCGCAGGAGGGAAGAGUGGCUUUCUCCAACACUUGAGGAGGGAUACCAAGAUCAGUCGCAACCAGAACUUCCCUUAGUACCAAGAAUGGGGAUACAGUCUAUCUGCCUUCAUCUACACAUCUAUACGUUGUACAACGGGUCAGAGGCCUAA